AUGCCUCCCGAACCCGAGCACGCACCGAGUCCGCACUCGACCCAACGAUCCACGUCACCAACAACACUAGAAAAUGGCCGCGGCCAUGACGCGGAAACGGGGCAGAAAGAGAGAACCAUCCGUGGUCCUGUUUGGUUCAUCAUUUGCAUUUCUCUCUAUGUAACAUGCUUCCUCUACGGCCUCGACACAACAAUAGCAGCAGAUAUCCAGGGUCCCGUCAUCCAGGCCUUUGGCAAGAUCGAGCAGUUUCCUUGGAUUGGAGCCGGUUUUCCUCUGGGGUCUGUAUGCGUCAUCCUCCUGCUUGGUACCUUGUUCAACUCGUUCAACAUGAAAUGGGUCUACAUAUCCACCGUGAUCCUCUUCGAGGCUGGCUCAGCCCUUUGCGGCGGCACGCCAAACAUGGCAGCUCUGAUUGUCGGACGUGUCAUCGCCGGCGCUGGCGGUAGUGGCAUCUAUCUGGGGUCUUUGAAUUACUUCACAGUCAUGACAGUGGAGAAGGAGCGCGGCUUCUACCUGUCAUUAGUGGGAGUCUUUUGGGGCCUGGGAGCUAUUCUGGGACCCGUCAUUGGCGGUGCCUUUUCCGUGUCCUCGGCAACAUGGCGCUGGGCUUUCUACAUCAACCUUGUCAUCGGCGCGAUAUCCGCUCCAGCCUUCCUCUUGUAUCUCCCGGCUAUCCAUCCCAUGCCAGGAGUCAGUGUGCGCUCUCGUGUAGCCGCUAUCGACGUUGUUGGCUUCAUCCUCGGCGCCGGAAUGUGGGUCAGCUUCCUCAUGGCCUUUACCAUGGCCGGCGGUCAGUGGCCUUGGAACGAUGGGCGCACCAUUGCGACAUUCGUCGUGUUUGGCGUAGUGCUCGUGCUUUACGCCUCACAGCAAUACUUUUCUAUUCUCACCACGCCUGAACGUCGCGCUUUUCCAGUCCAUCUGCUGCGCGAUCACACACAGGUGCUCCUGUAUAUUGUCACGGCAGCUGGAACCACGACACUUUACGUCGUAGUCUACUACAUACCCCUCUUCUUCCAGUUCGUUAGGGACGACGAAGCCCUCAUGGCCGCGGUGCGCUUACUUCCAUUUGUUGUCAUCGGCGUCACAGUCAACCUUGUUUCGGGGUCCCUUUUACAUCUCAUCAAGCUCUACAUGGUUCUCUACAUUAUUGCCAGCAUCUUUCUGAUCGCGGGUGGCGGACCUCUAAUGGUCUAUCUUGACCCCAGCUCGUCAGCAGGUACUAUCUAUGGCUUGACUAUCCUCGCCGCUGUCGGUACCGGCCUAUCGAUGGUUACUGGCUACACCGUUGCGACUCUGACCCUCGAGCCCCAGGACAUUGGGCCUGGCCUCAAAUUGCAAAAUGUUGCACAGAUUGGCGGCCAAGUGAUUGCGCUCGCUGUAGCCGGUCAGAUCUACCAGUCUACCGCUAUCAAGGAGCUUCGAACAGCUCUUGCCGGCAAUAACUUUUCAGAACAACAAAUUCGGGGUGCGGUAGCAGGCUCGCAAAAGGCCUUGUUGAAAGAGUUGCGUGGAGAACUGCGCGACAAGGCGAUUGAAGCUAUCACACAUGCGAUGCAGAUGACGUUUGUGAUGAUCCCCAUAGCAGGAGCUGUUAUGUUGAUGGCAGCGCUGUGCAUGAAGAGAGAGAAGCUGUUCGGAAGAGCUGUUGCGGUAGGCGCUUAG